GAAAGGGCUUCCGAAGUCGUCGGUCGCGCCUCGACUGCCUCGACUGCCUCGACCUUGCUUCGCGGCUGCCGGCCAAAGGCGGAGGAGACGUCGGCGAGCAGGACGACUCCUUCUCCUGCGACGCUCCUCACGUUUCGAGAAAGUCGACCUACGCGCGCUCACCGUCGUGGUGGCGUUUCCUUUUUCUUGCUUUGCCUGUUUUAAAAUAAAAUAUAAAGAUAAUCGGCACAGCCACAUUCUUUUGCGUGGUCGAGGCAGACAUCUGGCUCGUCUUUGUCCUUCUGCGCGACCGUGGACUGGACGACGCGAGGCGCGGUUCCGUUUUCUUGAACCGGGAUUCGAACCCCUCGUCGCCUGCGAGUCCCGCGGCCCCCUGGGUCGGGGAAAAGGAACCGGCGUCAUGGAGGUGUUAGUUGAUCCGGAGACCCAGAGGACCCUGGAGAUGAGGCAUCGGCUGGAGGAGGAUGACCUGUACCGGCAGUUCGCCAAGAAGAGACAGGAGGAGGAGCACCACAUCACGCACCAAAUUCAGGAAGAAUGGGAGAAGGAGCUGGAACGGCUCACGUACCGGUACCAGCAGGAGAUCCGCAAGAAAAAGAAGAUCAGCAUCAACUCCGAGGAAGAGCGCGCCCUGACGGUACGGAUGCAGAAGGAGAAGGACGAUCUCGAGAAGAACAUGACCAUCAAGCUGGACCGAAAGAAGGAGUCCCUCACCCGAAAGCUGCUGGAAGCUGAGCGGGCCGCCACGGCCGACCUCGUGGAGAAGCACAGCGAGGAGAUGCUCAACCUCAUCAACGAGAAGAAAGACGAGCUCAUCAGGCGGGAAGGUGACGACUACACAAGCGAGGAGCUGAGUCCCUAUCCAAGCCACCCGCCACCACCCACGCCGGCGACAAUAUCCAAAACGGACAUCUACACUGAUCCGGACAUUUUUGCGGAACUGGACCAAAUUGCUAUCAACGUGGCACAAGCAGAUCAGCAGACCUUCACCGAUCUGGUGCGACAGUUGAUAUGCAGCUGUGGUACUGAUGUGGAGAAAGCAAGGACCAUUUUCCGGUGGAUCACGGUCAAGAAUCUCAACACUAUGCACUUCGACGACAACGUGAUUGCCGAUACGCCCAUGGGCAUCCUCAGGGGAAUCAAGCAUGGUACAGAGAGCUACCACGUGCUCUUCAAGAGGCUUUGCAGUUACGCAGGUCUUCAUUGCGUGGUCAUCAAGGGUUACUCCAAGAGCGCCGGUUACCAGCCGGGUGUUCGGUUCGAAGACAACCGCUUUCGCAAUUCCUGGAACGCCGUCUAUGUAGCCGGUGCAUGGCGCUUCGUUCAGUGCAACUGGGGUGCGCGGCACCUUGUCAACGCCAAGGAGGUUCCAAAACCUGGAAGCAAAGGAAAAUCCGAUUCCCUUCGGUACGAGUACGAUGACCAUUACUUCUUGACCGAUGCUCGAGAGUUCAUCUAUGAGUUCUUCCCACUUCAACCAGAAUGGCAGCUUCUCAAGAGGCCCAUCACUCUGCGGGAGUUUGAAGAACUUCCCUUUGUGAGGUCACUAUUCUUCCGUUAUGGCCUCUACUUCCCUGACACCGAUACCAAUGCCACGCUGUUCACGGACAGCACGGGAGCUGCGACAGUUCGUAUCGGAAUGCCCGAGGACAUGUCUCACAGCCUUAUCUUCCAUUACAACCUCAAGUUCUACGACAGCGACCGUGAUAUUUUUGACGGUGUCAGUCUCAAGCGCUUUGUGAUGCAGAGCAUGGUAGGCAACAUCGUAGCGUUCAGGGUUCACGCGCCUUGCUCCGGGUCGUUGCUUCUUGAUAUCUUUGCCAACGCCGUGACACCGAGGGAGUACCUUACGGGCGAGCCAAUGAAGUUUAAGAGUGUCUGCAAGUUCAAGAUUGUCUGCGAAGAUCUGCAGACGGUCAUGGUUCCCCUGCCAGACUGUGCUUCCGGAGAAUGGGGACCCAUGAAGGCAACGCGACUCUUUGGUCUCGUGCCAGAGACACACGAAGAUGCGCUCAUCUUUUCACCGCGGGAGCUCGAAGUUCGAUUCCGAAUGACCCGGCCCUUGACGGAUUUCAUGGCAACCCUGCACAAAAAUGGCGUCGAGGAGAAGAAGCUCUCCAAGUUUGUGUCCCAUACGGUUCGGGAAGACAUGGUCACCUUCUUCCUUGCGUUUCCGGAUGACGGACAGUACGGCAUGGACAUCUAUACCCGAGAGAUGAACGGAGAAAUCGAAACGGGAGAAAAACAUCUACUGACCCAUUCCUGCAAGUACCUCAUCAACGUCUCCAAGAAGUGACGGCAAGAACAGUGACUUCGCCAACUGGUGCAUGUUAUGUUGUUGCCAACCUUGCUUCCGUUUACAAUUCAGCUACAUUAGCUUUAGUGUUUGAUGGACAUGAUUGCCCAUCAUGGAGGUCUCACCAACUGGAACAUUACUUUGCUAACGCUAAGAGAUUCUGCUUGUCUAGUGGUUCAAGCGUUCAGACUUCCCGUGUGUAUGAAUCGUAGUGCUGUCGCAUAUGUUUGUACCAUUUAUUUAAAUAAGCUAACAGGCAAAUUGUGUUUCAUACUUUUGUAAAAAAAAAAGAAAAAAAAGCAGAGUUUCCUCUAGAGGUCACAAGGCUUGACGUUUUCAUUUGCUUGUGACCAAAGUUUAUGCACUUACACUGUAAUGUGAAGAAACGUCUUGCCUUCGUUGCACUUAGAUUUUAAGAGUUGCAUUUCAACUUAGACUUAUCUUACAUUUUUUUUACCUCCUGUUGGGUUUUCCAAUGACAUACUGCUACUUUUUUAUAUUUUAUACACAUUACUAACUUUAGCAUUUAUAGUGUAAGUUAAUAAAGUUAAUAUAUUUUAUACCAUG